ACGAGGUGCGCAGGCAGCUGAAUCACUGCGUGCGCGACAACCUGAUCCGCAUGAUCAAGCGCAUAGGCUGCAAGGGGUCCAAGAUUGGCAUUGAGCAGGAGGGCUAUGCUCUUCCAAAGGAAGGGGUGAAGGACGACGGUCACGACUGGUACUGCUUCUCGUGCCACCGUGGCGGCGACGUCAUCUGCUGCACGUCGUGCCACCGCGUCUACCACCUGGCAUGCCUGGCUCGUGGCGAGCUGCCGGACGAGGACGUCAAGAACACCUUCGUCUGCUCUGUCUGCAAGGACAUGGGGGUGGAGCGAGACGACAAGAAUCGCAUGAAGCGGAGCCAGCUUAACCACCUCCUGAGCUUCACCUGCAGCCGAUUACGUGAGCGGCUCCCGGCGAACCUCUGCGACCGCACGGCAGCGCCGCCUCCGCGGAACCCGUACUCGAUCCCCGAGCGCACGUCGGCAAUCGUGCACCACCACCCGGCGGGGUCGCUGCCGGUGGCGCGGACGGACGUGCAGGGGCAGUCGGAGCGGUGGCGCGCCGCUUUCCUCAUUUACCGGCCCAUGGACCUCAAGACGAUGGAGCACAAGGCCGGCGAGGGCAAGUACCGCCUGCUCGAGGAGUUCCGCGCAGACGCCAUGACCAUCGUGCACAACGUCGUCAUCUACCACGGCGUGCACAGCAGCCUGGCGGACAUGGCGCGGCAGAUGCUGCGGGACUGCGUCUACGACCUGACGGAGAUCCGGCAGUGCCGCGACUGCUACCGGGUCUCCAACGAGAAGAAGGACAAGCACUGGUUCUGCGAGCCCUGCCGGCCGCCCCACCAACUCGUCUACGCCAAGCAGAAGGGCUUUCCGUACUGGCCGGCUAAGGUGAUAAAGGUGGAGGGAGAGCAGUACGACGUGCGCUUCUUCGGCGGGCAGCACCAGCGCGCGCACAUCGAGAAGGUCCACAUCCGGCCCAUCUCCGUCAACAUACACACCUUGCAGGUGAAGCGCACGUCGUCGUGGAACAAGGCGUGCGAGGAGCUGCGUCGCCACCAGGAGCUGCUGAAGAAGCUGGAGAGCAAGGGGCGGCACGCGUCGUCGAGUGAGGACGAGGACGACGAUGAAGACGAGGACGAGGAGUCGAGCGAGGAGGAUGACGAUUCCGAGACAAAAUCCCCACCGCCGAAGAAACGCGGUCGGGGCCGCCCCCCGAAGAACCCCGCGGCGGUAGCAGUGGCCGAGGCAAAGAAACUGCAGCGGGCACCUAGGAAAGUGGGGCGGCCGAGGAAGGUGGUGAAGGAGGAGGAAGACGAAUCGGAAGAGGAGGAGGUGGUGCCUGCCAAGCGACAGUCUGCCCCGGCAGCUGGCACCCGCAGGAAGACGACCACGGCUCUUGCCGCAGCAGCAGAUAAGGCGGACAAGCGCGUGUCGGCUCCCGCACGUGUCCCCGUGGCGGUGUCCGAAGACGAGGAACACGCGCCGCGCACGCCGGGCUCCGCCACGCCUCCCGCCGAGGCCAAGCUGCCGCCGGCCACGGCCGCCGCCGCCACGCCCGCGCUCUCGGAGGGCGGCGACAGCUCCAUAUCCUCCACCAGCAAGGUCAAGGCAGAGGUCAAGGUGCGCGAGGAGGAGGAGAUGGUGUCCUCGUCGUGCCAGGAGCCGCUGAGCACCGAGACGGUGGGCGUGCAGACGCCGCCGCGGCUGGUGCGUGACAUGCAGCAGCGCGUGCUCAAGGAGCUGGAGAAGACGCACGCAGACGCCCUCGCCAAG